AUGUCUGGCAAGGUGUAUGCAUAUAUAGCCUUCUCCUACCUGAAUGCGGUGACAGCGUUCCUGAUAGCAUGGCUGAUGCAUAUCCGCAUCACAUCCUUCGCUGUCGUUGCGGUGGUUAACGAGUGGGAUCUCGACGAGAAGGCAGCGGCGUGCCGGAAUGCGGGUCUGAUGUAUCUCGUGCUUGCCGUGGGUCUCUCCCUCCGCUCAAUGUAUCAGCACUAUCGCACUCGCGAUCCGGAGAGGCAGCGCUACGAUGCGGAGCUGUCGGAUAUGCGUGAAAAAAUGCCGCUGUUGUACUCAUCUCUCUUCGAGCCCGACGGGGAGGCACACAGUGCAGGUGCGGUCUCUUGCUCCGGUCGCGGGUACGGCUCAAGCGAAAGCAGCUAG